AUGUUCCGUCAUUUAAGAUUCGUCAUUUUCGCAUUUGCCAUGGAGUUUGUCACAGCUAAUUAUCAAUGUAGGACCGAAGUAAGUAUACAAGGUAUGGCUCUCAAGCGUUCUGUUUUCAAAAGGUGGUCAGUGGCGGCUCCUCAUCUUUGUGAUGUCAAAUGUGGACAAGAGAUUACAUGCCAAAGCUAUAACUACAAUAGAAAAUACCAAAUAUGUGAACUAAAUAACCGCACCAAGGAGGCGAGACCAGAUAAUUUCCUUUCAGCACCCGCGUGGUUUUACAUCCGGCGAUUGAACGGCAGAGGUGAGAAAUCAAAGCUUUUUCCAUCUAUGUGAUUUCUAUUUCUAUAAAUCUUCUCCAUCCUGGAACAACUAAGAAUAGGAAGUAAACGUAAAACAUAUCUUUAUUGCAGCUCCAUUAGGCUCUAUCCCUGAAUUACCGGCGUUGUCUUGUCACGAAAUAAAGGCAAGUGAAGGCAAACACAUCAUAAGCGGCAAGUAUUGGCUGAAUCCAACUUGUAAAGGAAAGGCAAAACUGAUUUACUGUGAUAUGGUUCACGAAGGUAGGUCUUAUAAGUUUGCAUGAGGUACUUUAUUUUGUUACGAGUUAUCAGUAACAUGAGAUUAUUAUAAAAUUAUACUAUUAUUGAUACCAUCACCCUAAUAUUUAGUUUGGAUCAGUUCUAUCGAGGAUGUCUCUCUCAAGUUGCUCUAACUUAGUUACUGCUUCUCUUGCCACAUUCUAGAUAUGGAUGAAUGUAAAUAUCACAUCAGUAACUGCGAUGUGAAUGCAAACUGUACCAAUGGUUCUUACAAAUGCAUAUGUAAAGUGGGAUACACCGGCGAUGGACACUCAUGUUCAGGUAAUUUUGAAGAUGACCUUAUAAAUAUUUCCCAAUAAAACCAAUUUUUGUAAAUAUUCUCACGAUUUUAAGCAGCGUUACCCAUGCAUGUUUAGGCACAGAGUAACCUUGGUCUACCCCUGGCUUGUUUCAGAGCAUUCAGAUUGAUAAAUUAAAUUAUUUGUGCUGAAAGAUAAUUUCGCAAUAUCUAAUUCAUGUAGCCGUAAAAGAGAAACAUUUGUUUUAUAAUUUGUGAUGAUCAAAGGAAUUAGACGACUAUAAGUUAUAAAAACGAUAACAUGGAAAAAUGUAUCGAUGGUUUUUGAGAUAUUGACGAGUGUAAAGGAAAUCACUCUUGUCACGUGAAUGCUAUCUGCACGAACACCAAAGGAUUGUACGUUUGUACUUGUCACCCCGGAUAUACUGGAAAUGGACACGGCUGCACAGGUAUUUAUGCGUUUCUUUUGUAACCAUUUCCAUUAGAAAGAAAAGCACUAUCAUCGUUUCAAGACUUGCUUUACCAGCAUACCUUGUAUAAAAAAAGAGAUGAGUGUACUGAGGCCUGAAAACAAUGUUGAUAAUGACACAAUUGUAUUAAAUAAACAUUCAGUGGUAAAAAAAAAUAUAUCAACUGGCAAAGGGAGACUUGAUGGAUGGGCUUACAGGACAGAACAACGGAUUUAAACUCGCGGGGAACCAAGAAAAAAUCUAGUGAGCGCUAAAGUGAAGUGCUUGCGUCUAUGACCCAAGAGAACUAGUCUAAGGUUUCUAAGCUUGUGCUCGGCAACUUCUUCCCAAUUGCAUUUUUUUUAAUUUAUUCUUUUUCUUUAAUGUUUAUCAUUUUACAGAUAUUAACGAGUGUAAAGGAAAUCACUCUUGUCACGUGAAUGCCACAUGCAUGAACACCAAAGGAUCGUAUGUUUGUACGUGUCACCCCGGAUAUACUGGAAAUGGAAGCGACUGCACAGGUACUUGA